UGCUAUCGCACAGAGCCCAGCGCUGCAUAACAUAUCUCGAGUCAGUCAGCACUUUUUUCGAGCGCUAUACGUGCGCAAUAACGUCGGCUUUCGGAGCAGAUCGUUGCUCUCGAGCUGCAGUAUUGUCAGUGUGACUGGUGCAACGGUGUGUUGUGUCAGUGUGACUCGCGCGUGUGUGUGUCUGCGCGCAUCGCGAUACUUGCUCUGUGUUUGUAUGCGUUUGUGCGUGUUGUUUAUGUGUGUGUGUGUGUGUGUUCGUGACUGGUGGCAGGCAGCGCCGUGAAAAGUGUCAAGACAGCGUUGCCAAGUGUCCGCUCGCCAACUGCGAAUCCAACUGUGUGAGUGUAAACACGGACGCAGGCAGUGCACGUAAUUAGGCACAGGCUCUGUCGGAGCGAUUCUGCCUGCUUCGUAGACAACGUCAACGACGAGAGCAACAUCGACGUUGCGAGUUGGUUCGUGCGCGAGUCAACGGUGUAGCAGACCACAGCUAUUCUCAGCAGCAGUUUACAAGCUCGCGCGAGUGUGUGUGUGUGUGCACGCGCGCCGUGUAGCUGUGCUGUAUUCGUUGCGAUAUAGUCGAGGACUCUGGCAGCCGAGUAGAUCCGGCAACGUCGCGCCUCGAUUCGCCUAUAAAUCUCGCGCAUCCAUCGUCCGUCGUGUUUGUUCACACGGACGAGGCACACACACAAACAGGCCUCUCCACAGCAGCAGUUCUCGCACAGUCAGUCGCACAGUCUCUCUCGGUGUAGGAACUUUGGCCGGAGUUGCUGGCAGCGCCGCCGAGAGGUCGCCAGCGUCGACGCGCUCACUCACACAGACGGACGAUUCGGAGCAGCUAGCAUAUAGCUCCAGAGCCGUAUAGAGAGAUACAGCGGUCGGUCGUAACAAUCCCACUCCUCGAGGUCCCGAGCGAUUCGUCCCCACCGCCGCGGACUCGGCUGGCCGUGCAUACGGAGCGCGCGCUGCACACACGGACGAGUCCAAGCGAGGGGAGCCGCGGCUCGAGGGGCGCCCCCCCCUGCCUCCUGCCCGCCCCUGGCCCGCGCGCUCUCGAGCAGCUAGCCGGCAGCCGAGUGCGAAAGAGACGGCGCGACGAGUCUUGGCCCUGUGGUGGGGUGGCAGCUAGCGGAGAGUGCGCUACAACAGCCGCUCCGCUCGUGCGCGCGCCUUCUCAGUCGGCCUCGAACCGGAGAACCACGAGCGUCUCCUCUGCGUCACCGGGCCUCGCGAUUUUACCUCGCGCGCGUCAGCACUGCGCUCCUGCAGUGACCAAAAAAUAUAUAUACGCUGGUCGUCGGCUGAUCGGCCGCUCUCGCCUCGUCCCGACCUCUUCCUCGACCGUUUCGAGCCCCGCUCGUCCAGUGUCAAAGUCGGUGGAAAUCGUUGUUUGCGCGAAUCGUCGUUCAACCCAUUGGCAGUGUCAGCAGCAGCAGCAGCAGUAGCAGCAGUAGCGCGCCUGACGGCCAUGUUUGGUGUUUACGAGUAGCAGCCGCCACAAGGCAAGGGGGCUCUCUCGCUCUCUUUCUCUCUCACUCGUAUCUCUGUGGCAGCUCGACAGCAGCAGCAGCAACUCCAAGUGAGCGUGUGUACACACAUACACAGGCAGUGACAGUGUAUGCGAUAAUAUUCGCAAGUGCUACGUGUAGUUUUGCCAAGUGUUAGUGUGUGUCUGUGUAAGUGUGAGUGCGAGUGAGCGUGCGUGUCCUUUAUGUGCAUGUGCUCGCUCGUUACACAUACGCUUCUCAGUCUGUGCGCGUGUCUGUGUGGCCGCGCGUUUCUCCGUAGUAACACUACUUAUUAUGACUGCUGAGAAGGUCGUAACGAGAAACGCCAAACGACUGUUACCAUAAUAACGAAAGCAGUUUCGCCUCGACUCUGAGCGAGACAGAUUUCUCAAUUGUAAAAGUGUGCCACUGUCUAUGAAUUUGUGCAGCUGUGCCCAGUGAAAACGCGUGCUCCGAUCGGUCGUCGAGCGAGAGCCUCGACUCCGAAAAGUGAUCCAGUGCCAAGUUGAAAAAGCCCAAUGGGUCAUCGUGAUCUGCAGCAGACAACAUCAUUGUGCAGUCGUGCAUCCGAUAGUGUGCGUCUGUGUGUGUUUGUGUAUGCGUGUGUGCGCGCGCCCCUGUGUGCGUUUGCAGCCGGUAUCACGAGAGUGUAUUAGCAUCAGUCAGUAAACGCUACUAACGCGUCUAAAAACGUUGGCUUAGUUGCAACGCGCGCAAGUUUGCGCGCUCCGAAGCCUCCUGCGUUUGUCGCCUUGUCGUCUGUGUGAAGGCGCGAUUCGCGUGUGCGUGUGCUAUUGCACCGCUUGCUCGACCAACUCCAAGUGUGCGUCUGUGUUUUCGAGCAUCUGCAGUAGGCCCAAAAGUGCGCUCAGGUAUUCGCUACUGAGCGCCAGUGCGUGACAGUGUGCCCGCUGUGUACGAGUCCUCGGCACUCUGACCGAUAUCGUUAACAGUCUUGUGUUUGUGUCCAAGUGUGUGUGAUUCAGCUCACGACGUACAAGUUGUUGUUGUUGUGCUGCACCCUUAUCACUACGAUCCUCAGUGCGUCAGUGCACGAGUGCUAUUGUCAACGUCACCGUCGUCGUCGUUGAUGUUGUUGUUGUUGUGUAGUUGUUGUUGUUUCCCCCUGUCAAAUAUAUAUCUCCUUGACCGGCGAGGUGUUCCUUUAAUCAAGGCACUUCGUCAAUAACAAAGGGGAUAUAUAAUCAGAAACCAGCCGCAACGACGAUUUCGUUAAGCAAACCGCAGCAGCACCGGCGUGCGAGUGGAAGUAGCAGCGGAAGCAGUGGAAGUAGUAGUAGCAGCAGCAGCAGCAGUGCCAGUAGCAGCAGCAACGGUAGCAGUGGCAGCGGAGUCGGAGAAAAACCCAUUUACUACGAUUUGUACGCCGAAUACGAUUUGGGCCAUCGCUCCUCCGAAAGGAUCAAGGUCAAGCGCGCCUGUGAGGAGUCCGUCCAGUUGCUCCAGCAAUUGAACAACAAUAAUAACAAUACAACUGCUACUGCAUCGCCCUCACCGUCGUCGUCAUCUACCUCGAGCAAUAACAAUAAUAACAACAACAAUAAUACCUCGAUCAAUCAAAUAAAGAGGCGUAUCAUUGCCAAAUUAUUCUCAGCCAGUAAGGCCAAUAACAAUAACGACACCAACGAUUCCAUCGACUCAACUGGUAUCAUGGAUCUCGGAGAUAGAGUCUACGCAGCUGAGAGAAUCACGAAAAAACGCGAAAAGAGGGGCAAAAUCGAAUACUACGUCAAAUGGAAAGGUUGGAGCAAAAAAUACAAUACGUGGGAGCCAGAAGAAAAUAUUCUCGAUGUCAGGUUAAUCGAAUUGUACGAAGCCAGCCAAAAAGGAGGAGACGUCACAUCGAGAAGACCUAGGCGAAGGGAUACACGAUACAAUGAACAAGUCCUUGCAAAUCUCGUUGUGGCGGAGGAACCAGGUGGUGAUGAACCCGUUGGAGAAGACAGUCAAGAUGAAUCAGCACCGGAACCAAUUGUAUCGAGCGGCUCGAUUGUUUCCAACAAUCAUCUUGGCGUUGACGAGGACACCGUUGCAUCUUCCCUCGAUGGACACGAGUCACCAACUCCUCCGACCGAGCUGGGCUCUGCUUCGGCGUUUAGCGCAGCGGAUUCGGACAGCUCCAUCAGUAGCGUCGAUAUGCCUCUGAUGCCUAGACGCGAACCUGCUGGCACUAAACGGAAGGCAGAAGUACUAAAAGAAUCGGGAAAAAUUGGCGUCACAAUCACAACGAGCAGCCCUACCAGUGGCAGCGGUAGUCCUCCACCAAAUAAAAUUCCGCGACUACUCCCUCUCAAAAACAACUCGCCGACCUAUCAUAGUCACAAAAUCAACGGUAGGCGACCAUCUUCAUCGAGUGUGAAAUCAACACCCGACGAACCAUCACCUGCUGUUCCAACGACACCUGCUCCAGCGAUGCAAGAUAAGAAACGCCCCGAAGCAGAUUUACCUCGGGGGCCAGCGCCGUCGUUGCCUCGUUCGCCAAUAUCUCCACAGCACGACACAACUGUUGAACCUGCGACACAACCUAAUACCAAAAAGAAACAUCAUCACCAUCACCACCAUCACCAUCACCAUCAUCAUGCGGACCACCACCAACACAAGAAUAACAGUGAGAAAGAACAACGGGUUGAACAGACCCAUCCACAAACGGUCGAAACCAAUGGACACAAAUCACCUAAUCCCAGCGAUACAUACACCAAUAAUAACAGGUUACCAGCCUCACCAUUGACUAAUGGUCAUCGUACACUCAGUGAGGAAGACACAGACGCAAAGAACAACAACAGCAAAUCACCACAGAGCAUCAAAGACGAUUUGUCUCGAAAUAGUGAACAACAAUCGACUACUAUCUAUUUGCCAUUACAUAGUCCAGGAACUGAUUAUUGGCACGCGCGUAAUCCUGUUGCAGAUCAAGUCUUCAUAACCGAUGUGACGGUGAAUUUAAAGACCGUAACUAUCAGGGAGUGCAAGACUGAGAAAGGAUUUUUUCGAGAACGAGAUCCUAAAAGCGACGUUUAUCAAUAGGUCAACAUUGUAAAACGCAGUCUAUUGUUGGCUUAAUUUAAUGCUCAAUGUAAUAUUUUUUGAUGCUUGUACAUAAUGAAAAAAUUAUUUUCGCACCGAUAUGUCAGUGGAUGCAUGUCCGCAAUUGAUGGAGAACAAUGAUUUCAAGUGACCUAAACGUAUUUUCAGUAAAGCCUUAGUUCGCUGCACGAAAUCAACACUGUAUGAUAUAGUAGAAUUUCAUUUUAAUGCUAAAUAGUAUGGUUACACGUAAUCAUUGGGAUAAAAAAACGAUUAUAAAGCGCUUGGUAGUUGUUAGAUCAAAGCAAGUAAUAUGCCAAUGAGUGGCAUUCGUUAUAUCUGUAAAAGCAAUUGAUAUAGUAUACAGUUUUUAUACUGAUUGAAUAAGAUUAAAAAUCGGCUUUAAUUAUAUAAUUAAAAUCGUGUUCAGGUCACAUUAUAUACCGUGAAACGUGGUAAAGCAGGCGUGGAAAAUCGGAAAAACUUUUUUUUUCUAAUAUAUGUUUGUAGAUAAUUUGAAGUACAAUUUUUACUUAGUAGUUAAAAUUGAAAAAAUUUGAUUUAAAUUUAUAUGAAAGGCGAUAGAAAAUGAACUUCAUUACUAAUAACCGCUUUGCCUCGUUUUUUAUUGUAAAUACUAAAUUUAUUAUGAAUAAGUUUCAAACUUAAUUGAAAAACAUUUUUUUUUUGCAUAAGUUCCUAAAGUAAUGUUCCAUUUAAUAUAUCAGUGACAAGAAUAAAACUAAAAACUCAUCCACUGCUGUAUAAUGCAGUGAUGCGUAUUUCAAAUAUCAACUACUUUCGCUAUUGUACAUUUUUCUUCUAUUGCAGACUUUCUGGAACAAUGAUUUUAUUCGAAGAUUAAUGAAAUGCAUUUUUAUUAUAUUGUGUACGAUAUUAUUGUUAAGUAUGUUACAUAAAGUGAAAAGACGUUUAUGCAGUGUCAAGCAUAUUCCGAUUAUUUGACUAUUUUUAUCGUUCUGGAUAAAUUAUCCACAUUGUUAUUAAUGAGACUUCAAUGAAAUAAGAGUAAUGACCAAAUUCUUUGUCUUACCAAUAGUAAGAUAACUAUCAUUAAACCUUAGUCAUAAUGAUUUCUUCAACGUCUACCAUUUGCUGCACACUUUUGUAACAAAUAAUUCCGUGAUAAAUAGUUGGUGAAUAUAUCUCUUUUCAAUCCAACAACAUGAUGUAACAUCCGAUUGCUUAUUUAAAAGAUCGUUUCCGAUAAUUUAAAAAUUUAAACUUCUUAGUAUUAUAGAUUUUAAUGUAUGUAUAAGAUGCCCCAUGAGAUAAAUGAAAAUACUUUUUUCCGCCAGAACACUCAAUUUCUGUAUUGGAUUAUCACUAUUGAAAAUAUUGGUUCUGCGAUAACGAAUCGAAUUAUAAUCAAAGAGUAAAAAGCUAUAUAUUUACAGGGAAAAAGUAUGAUGAUUAAUUUGUUUAUAGAUAUUUCAUGAUGGGGCAACUUGUAUUCAACUAGAAUUUAUUCCUCUGAAAAAUUAUUUCAAAUUCGUACAUAUAAUGUAAUAAAUGUACAUUGUCACAAGAAAUCAGUAACGCAUAUGAAUCAAUUUAAAAAUCCGUGAAUUGUAUAAAAAUGAAUUGUAUAUAUAAAAAAUCAAUUUGAAUUCAGUAACAAAUGUGAGAGGUAUGAUGUGUUACGAAUCUGUGUAUUGUAGAUGAUAUAAUUACAAUCUGUACAUAGAUAAUUUAUCUUUUACGUUUUAAAUGUUUUGUCGAUCAAUUUUCACAGCAAUUCACUGGAAAAAUAAUACGACUAAUGAAAUGAAGAUGAAUUGCAAAAUGAAAGAAAAAUGAAUGAUCUUACGUUUAAACUUUCGAUAUAGACUGUACGCGUUUCUUCGAUAUUGUUUUCUGUACUUAGACUAUGAAUCUAUCUAUACAGUAAUUGCAUAAAAAAGAGUAACAACCAUACGUGAGACCCUGGUAGUACCAAAUCCAUCAGUAAUUUUAGUUCUGUCUGGUACAGAUUCCUUAUAUUUCAAUAAAACCAUUAAUUACA